CAGACAGCGGCUGCACUGCAAUGAAUGAGGAUCCAUCGCUGGGGGAGAGACUAGGCGUUUCCAGCUGCUCGCUGCUGAGGAACAUCAAAGAGGAUUAGAGGCCAAAGCUGUAAGUGACACAAGGACACCCUGCCGUCAUCGUUGCCCCUGGGUCACGCUCCUCUCCCAGCUGCAUCCCUGUCACUUCGGCAUCUGGUGGGCAACCAUGGGCAACGCAGAGAGAGAGAUGCUGCACGGGGAUCAUUGUGCCCGUUAAAUCCAGGUCCGAAGAAAAAAGGUGAAGAGGAGGAGGAAACGUUCCAGAUCUAUCGAUGACCAGGAACGUCUGAGGAUAUCUCUCGCUCUUCCUAGGAAUAAACAAUCUCAUCGUAAGGAGACGCAGGAGGGGAGGGGAAGCAAGAUGUGCAGCAAGACCAAGAGCAGCGAGGCUCUCAAGGUGGUGGUCAGAUGCCGCCCCAUCAACAGGAAAGAGGAGGCAGCUGGUUCCAACAGGAUUGUGUCCAUGGAUGUCAAACUGGGGCAAGUGACCAUCCGGAAUGCCAGGGCAAACCCCGGGGAGCUGCCAAAGACGUUCACCUUCGAUGCGGUGUACGAUGCCAACUCUAAGCAGGCGGACUUGUAUGACGAGACCGUGAGGCCCCUCAUUGAUUCCGUCUUGCAAGGGUUCAACGGGACCUUAAUUGCUUAUGGACAGACUGGCACGGGCAAGACCUACACCAUGCAAGGUCUGUGGGCAGAGACGGAUAAAAGAGGGGUCAUCCCCAACUCGUUCGACCAUAUUUUCACCCAUAUUUCCCGAUCCCAAAACCAACAGUAUUUGGUGAGGGCAUCUUACUUGGAGAUCUACCAGGAGGAAAUUCGGGACCUGUUGUGCAAGGACCAGACGAAGAAGCUGGAGCUCAAGGAGAAUCCAGAGAGCGGAGUUUACAUAAAAGACCUGUCUUCAUUUGUGACCAAAAAUGUUAAGGAGAUUGAACACGUCAUGAAUCUGGGUAACCAGGCGAGGUCGGUCGCUUGUACCAACAUGAACGAGUACAGUUCUAGGUCCCACACGAUAUUUGUGAUAACCAUAGAGUGCAGUGAGUUGGGUGUGGAUGGGGAGGAACAUAUACGAGUGGGCAAACUCAACCUGGUGGACUUGGCCGGCAGCGAAAGACAAAGCAAAACUGGAGCAAACGGAGAAAGACCCAAGGAGGCUUCAAAAAUUAACCUCUCCCUGUCGGCACUGGGGAACGUAAUAUCAUCGCUGGUGGAUGGCCGGAGUACCCACAUUCCAUACAGAGACUCCAAACUGACACGCUUACUGCAGGAUUCACUGGGUGGCAAUGCUAAAACCAUCAUGGUUGCCACCUUGGGCCCAGCAUCGCAUCACUACGACGAGACCUUGUCCACUCUCAGGUUUGCCAACAGGGCUAAAAACAUCAAGAACAAACCAAGAAUCAACGAGGAUCCCAAAGACACUCUGCUGAGGGAAUUUCAAGAAGAAAUUGCACGUCUGAAGGCCCAACUUGAAAAGAGAGGGAUGCUAAGCAAGAAACGGAGGAGGAACAGUCGAAGGAAGAAAUCGGUGGAUGGGGACAAUGUCCCGGAGAUGGAAGCUGAAGAGGACAAUGAGGAGAACCUCAUCGAGAACAAUGUCGGGAAUUACUUGAAGGAGCAGGCCGAGAGACUAGAGCAGGAGAAGGCCGCCAUACAAGAUGACCACAGUCUGCUGGCGGAGGAGAAGCUCAAGCUGAUCGAAGAGAAGGAGAAGAUGAUGGAAGACUUGUCCAAGGAGCAGAAAGCCACCGAGCUACUGGCUGUCAAAUUCAAGGCGAUGGAGAGCAAACUUCUCAUUGGUGGAAAGACCAUUAUGGACCAUACCAACGAGCAGCAGAAAAUGCUGGAGAUAAAGAGACAGGAGAUUGCCGAGCAGAAACGUCGGGAACGUGAGAUUCAGCAACAGAUGCUCCUCAGAGAUGAGGAGACUGUGGAACUGAGAGGGACAUACACAUCUCUACAACAGGAGGUUGAGAUGAAGACCAAGAAACUGAAAAAGCUCUAUGCCAAGUUACAGGCUGUAAAGGGAGAGAUCCAGGACCAGCACGACGAGUACGUACGGGUGAGGCAGGACCUAGAACAAGCCCAGAAUGAGCAGACACGGGAGCUGAAAUACAAGUAUCUGAUCAUUGAAAAUUUUAUUCCUCCGGAAGAAAAGAACAAGAUCAUGAACCGUCUCUACUACGAUGCAGAAGAGGACCAUUGGAAAUUUCAGCCUCUUGUACCUCCAGGAAAUGAAAGCGGAGGUGGAAGCACAAUGAAGAGGCGGCCAAUAUCAGCUGUUGGAUACAAAAGGCCAAUCAGCCAGUAUGCCAGGGUGGCCAUGGUGAUGGGCUAUCAUCCGAGGUACCGGGCCGAAAACAUCAUGUUCCUCGAGUUGGACCUGACUCCCCCCACUGUGUUUGAGAUGGACUUUUCUAAGGAUCGAGCAGAACAGGACCCGCGAGCUCUUCAUCUUGAGAGACUGACUCGUCUUGAUAGUCUUUUGGAGCGUCCAGCUGCUGCUCGGGUCAGGAAGUCCAGGUCUUGGUGUCAACAGCCAAAGCCUCUGCCGUCAUCAACCACCAACAUCUCCUUGUCAUCGAGCAGCCAAAGGCGCCCACUGUCUCCCACCCAUGAGUGAUGCCCACCUCAUUUCCUUGACAGCUCUACCCACGCACAUUAACCUAUAUGCCAGGCUUUGCUUCCAACAGGAUAAGGAGAGGACGGGGCGUUUGUGCGCCUUGUCGAUCCUUUGCUUAACUCUGCCUGGAGAUGAGACCUCAGUUGUGGAAGAUGUGAAGACUUUUUUAUUUUAUUUAAGUAAUUAACAUAUUUAUUUAAUUUAUUAACCUGUGAAAAAGUCCACGCUGGUGGUUCUGGCACUUUCACCUAACAACCGUUGCUUGAAAACAGGUUCCGAUAGCUCCAGAAGCUUGUAAAGAGUAAAGAUCAGGAAAUGCUUGACCAAGGUUUGGGUCUUCUAAGAUUCUGAAGUGCUGAAUCUUCUAAUAUCUGAAGGAUAUUUGAAUAUCUGAAGGAAUAUUGAUCUUCUGGUCACGUUACCUGAUGGAUGUCAAAACAUGCACUCGCCUUGCAGAUCCAGCAGCUACGCCUCUACUUACUUUUAACUGCUCCAGGACAAUUUAGUUCACCAAGACUGGAUGAUUCCUUUCCUUCCUCCGAUAAGUUGUGUUUCGAAGCACACAAGGCGCUUAUCUUGCCUUGAAAUCCUUGCAAACUCUGCAGCUUACACAUCAAAACGCCAGUGCCUUAUCUCAAAGGCUUCUUUUAUCCACCUCUUGUGACAUUGGCCUUCAGGUACAAGAAUUCAGAGCUGAGAUUUGAAAGGACAGCCGUCUGUGUGGGCAGGUCUAUCUUCAAGAACAGGGAAAGUUCUUACUCAGUCAUGCUCGGUCUUUGACCAUAUAGAAUGUUGCCAAUGCCUGUUUUUGCCAUGUUGCUUCUUCUUUCGUUGCUCACCACUGUCGUCUUUUUUGGAAUUCGUUAGGACAAUGGCAUCUAAAUGUUGCAGCUGAAAAGCAUUCAUCUCUCGCAAGGGACAGGACAGGACUGAAUCUUCGAGAGAGGUCUCACAAGAAGUUAGGGUGUGUUGAGAUCUUUUGGUGUAAUUGAGAAAUGCUGUCGAUAUUGAGGAACAGGGGUCGGAGGUCUCCCAGCAGAAUGCAAUGUUCGGUGUAAAUCUAUAAUGGUCUAGUACACAGCAUGGAGUAUGCGAGCUGUAUGCACAUUUAAAGCAGAAUUGUUGAAACAACUUUAUCCUUCUUUUUAUUACUUGAAGUUGAUGUUUUUUAUGCAAUUAGCAAGGUGUAACCACUAUACAGAUCCUAUUGUGUGGUAGGUAGGGUAGGUAGGUUUCCAGGUCCCAUUCUUUACAUAACAUAUUGCCAUGAAUGACACAAAAAAGGAUUCAGAUGAAAAUUCUACAAUGAUCUGGAACUUCGUGUACAAUAAUGUGCAAUAAUCUUUCUAUGCAGUCAAAAAUCUACAACAUUGAGUAAGCUGGAGAUCCACAGCAUGCCUGGUCAUCCUUCAAAAUAACUGCACAUGGGUUUUCACUGCACCUCAGUCAUUUACCGAGUAGUUAUAAUUUAUAGGGGUUGGUGGCGACCCCAUGGCGGUUCCUAUUCAGGUCAUCCUAGUUCUAUGAGAUACUUUAUAAAGCAGCCUUGUUCAAUCACUUUGCUCAUGCAUCAAGUGCCCCCUCCAUAUCUCCUGUUCAGUUAAGUGUCUGCAUUGUGCACUUUGGUUGCCAGCAAGAGUUAGAUAUUUGUAUUUAUAGCACCCUUAUCAUCCAGAGUUGCAGGCUCCAACAUCCUGUAGAUCUAUGAUUCCUAUCCACAAUGAUCUGUUCUGAAAAACAGAAUGAUUUUACUGGAGGGUUGGCUGCAUAAAUACUCAAACCAAUGAAUUCAUGUGCUAUCGUUCGGCACUGUGUUCUCCUUAAUUACAUUAUUGUAUGACAUGGCCACCCGAGAACAAUUUUCAAGCACAAAUUAUACAUUUUGCCAGAUUUUUAUCAAUGGACCAAAAAUUCUGCUUAAAAGGCGGAUCUAACAUUUUUAUAAAAACCUGCCCCAUAGGGAUGAAGUGUAACUGUUGUCUAUGCCUGACCUGAGCUGGUCACAAGAUGUUUGAGUGAGGUUCAGUAGAUGCAGGAGAGCAUGCCACAUCAGAACAUGCUCACCAAUGGGCUGAUGAUCUGUGAACAUAGUAGAGCUCUACCACCACUACAUCCCACUCCCCACAAGAACCAUGGGCAGAAUUUUGUCUUUUUUUAUUAAAGGAGUACUCUCAUCAAGUCCUUG